AUAGCGUAUAUAAAUGGAGAAAACAUACGACCAAAUUCAAAACAAAAAAAAUCUCGCCGUGUCCUAAGCGAGGAAAGAAAAAUGGAGUUAUUCACCAGAGGUUCCGCCGUUAGAUUACGCAGCUGUCACGAAAAUUACCUCUUCGCCGUCGACGACGAAAAAGCCGUCCGUCAAAGCUCUGACGGAACGUCACGGCAAUCGGUAUGGACGGUGGAGAUGGUGCCACGCAAGCCCAAUUUCAUCCGUCUCAAGAGCUGUUACGGCAAAUACCUAACGGCGAGCGAGUCGUCGUUCUUUCUCGGUGUCACAGGCCAUAAAGUCGUCCAAACGCCGCCGUUUCGUCAGGCGGAGCACGAGAGCAACUGGGAGCCGAUCAGAGACGAGUUGCCGGUCAAACUCAUGUCGUGGAACGGGACAUAUUUGCGCGGGAACGGUGGAUCGCCGCCGUGGAAAAACUCCGUCACGCACGAUCAUGAGCCGCACGUGCAUAAGAAAUGGAUCUUGUGGACCGUCGAGGUCGUUGAGAAUCCUGAGAAUGUUUCGUUCGCUGAUGGCUUUUCGUCGCCGGCUUCGAGUUUUAACUCAACGGUUAACGACGAGUCAACUCACGAGUCAUCGGUUAAAGAAUCACCGACAUUUGGAUCUUCUGAAUCCAUCGGGUCGGAUCCUGUGUCGGUUUCUUCUUCGAAGCUUACGUCUACUCCGUCAAUGUCGGGGACAUCAACCCCUAAACCAACAGAGAAAAAAGAUUCGACGAAAUUUGAUGAACAUUCAUCAGCGAUUGAUAUCUUUCGCAUUGCGAAAUCGGUGAGACUGCGCACACACGAGAAAUAUUUAAUUGCAGAUGAUAACGAGGAGAGUGUGGUAAUGGGCCGAAACGGGUCAUCGAAAGAGGCCCGAUGGAGAGUUGAAUUGGUACCCGGAUCAGGUGUGAUCCGGUUAAAGAGCUGCCACGGUGGAUACUUGACUGCCUCUAACGAGCGGAUGAUGCUGGGAGCGACGGGGCAUAAGGUGGUUCAGUCGAGGAGGACCGGAGAUGGUGAUCCGGCGGGAGAGUGGAAGCCGGUUACAGAUGGGUCAAAGGUGAAGCUGAAGAGUCGAAACGGCGGGAAUUUUCUGAGAGCCAAUGGGGGAAUGCCACCUUGGAGGAAUUCGGUUACGCAUGAUAUACCGAACCGGAGUGCUACGCACGAUUGUGUGGUUUGGGAAGUUGACGUGGUUGAGAUUAUGGAGCGUUCCCAAGAGACUGGUUAAUCAAUGGCCCUUGAACUUGUCUAACGUUUAAACUUUAAAACCAAAAUGUUUAACUAAUCGAUUUAUCAUUUUGUUUGCAACAUCUUUAAUAUGGAGUUUAUUUGAUAGAAGUUUAUUGAUUGGAUUUAAAAUUGGAAUUUUUUUCAUUUUUCUUUUGUUAUUAGCAAAAACCCAUGUUCGGAAAUACGCUAGGUGCUAGUCGGCCGGUCGGUUCACGCCUAGCGAGUGAGGAAAAAAUUGGAGAUUAAUUGGAGAGUAUGUGAGGCCAAGUUUUUGUAUUUUUAUUAUAUGCAUAUGUUUAUAUAUAUCGACAUGUGCGUGUUAUAACAAGAAUCUGCUGUACUUAUUGGUUUAGUA